AUGCAGGUCGCUCAGCAGCGUGCAUUCGCUUCUCGCGCCCGCACUGUGCGGUGCUACGCUAUCAAGGAUGGUGCCGCCCUUGACAGGCCCCUGCGCGUGGCUGUGAUCGGUGGCGGGCCCUCGGGUGCCUGCGCGGCCGAGACCCUCGCCCAGGGAGGCGUGGAGGUGGCUCUCAUCGAGCGCAAGAUGGACAACUGCAAGCCCUGCGGUGGCGCCAUCCCCCUGUGCAUGGUUGAGGAGUUCGACCUCCCCCAGUCCAUCAUCGACCGCAAGGUCACCAAGAUGAAGAUGAUCUCGCCCUCCAACCGCGAGGUGGACGUGGGCAAGACCCUCAGCGAGACCGAGUACAUCGGCAUGUGCCGGCGCGAGGUGUUCGAUGACUACCUGCGCAACCGCGCGGCCGAGAAGGGCGCCAAGCUCGUCAACGGCCUCAUGAUGCGCAUGGAGCAGAAGGAGAACGAGGGCCCCAUCACCAUCCACUACAACUCCUACGAGGAGGGCGGCAAGGUCGGCACCCCCGCCAGCAUGGAGGUCGACCUGGUCAUCGGGGCCGACGGCGCCAACAGCCGCGUGGCCAAGGAGAUCGACGCCGGGGACUAUGACUACGCCAUCGCCUUCCAGGAGCGCAUCCGCAUCCCCGACGACAAGAUGAAGUACUACGAGAACCUGGCGGAGAUGUACGUGGGCGAUGAUGUCAGCCCUGACUUCUACGGCUGGGUGUUCCCCAAGUACGACCACGUCGCGGUGGGCACCGGCACCGUCGUCAACAAGACCGCCAUCAAGCAGUACCAGCAGGCCACCAGGUGUGGGGGGGAUGCUUGUUUGUGCUUUUGGGGGGGAUGGUGUGUGUUCAUGUGA